CUAGUGGGACAUGCUAUCCAUGCAUUCCUAUCCACCUCGGCUCAGCUCUCUGAUAGUCGUCGUCUUGUUAUAAAACCCCCUCCCCUGCAAGGAGAUACAUACAGAAACCAGUGAGACAGACACCCACAGGAGAGUGAUCACCAACAGUCCCCUUCCAUCCAUCCAUGGCAUGCAUCAACAGCACCUUCCAGAGUUGCUCCAUUGCCAGAGGAGCAAAGAUCAGCACAAGGGCUAGUAGGGGCAGUAGUGGGGGGAAGGGGUCACCGACCUUUCAGUGCAAGGCGUCGACUUUCGUGAACGCUGCCAGCCUCCGGCUUGAGCUCGACGAAAACCCUGAGGCAAUCAUCUCCAGGGUGUGGCCUGAGAACGUCUCCCUUCUGAGCUACGACGAUCUCCGCGCCUACCUCGAGUCGCAGGAGACGGUCCAAGUAGAAGAUGAUCAGCACGUGGCGCUCUUGGGUGAGGCCAUGUCAACACCUGUGCUAAUGGCCACAGCAGAUCAGACACUGGAGGAGGUUGAAUGCCACUUUGAGGCCGUGUCAGGGCUUCCAGUUGUAGACAGCAGCCUCAGAUGUGUUGGGGUGGUCGUCAAGAAUGACCGGGCCAGAGCUUCUCAUGGGUCAAAGACAAAGGUCUCAGAAGUGAUGACCUCUCCAGCCAUCACACUAUCUUCUGACAAAACUGUGAUGGAUGCUGCGGUUCUGAUGCUCAAGAUGAAGAUCCACAGACUACCAGUUGUAAAUCAGGACGAACAAGUAAUAGGUAUAGUUACCCGUGCUGAUGUUCUUCGUGUGUUGGAAGGCAUGCUGAAGGUUUAGGAGCGCAGCAAUCCAUGCUUGGAAGUCAGAGCUUCUUGUAAAUAUGUAGAUGUGUCCAUGGUGUUUUUGAGUAGCAGCAUGGAGAUCUAUAGUCUAUAGGAGUGUGCUGUGCCAUCAGUAACAAUAAGUCCGGAAGGGUUGAGAGUUUUUCCUUGUAAAUAAAAGUAGCACGCCAGGAGACUCCAUCUCUGUUUUGUACUGCUCGCGCAACCAAAUGCUGUAAACUAGCCAAAUACUUCCACAGCAAUAUAAAUGGAUAUACCUAAAAUAAUGUUUUGGAA